GAUUUAUUCACUUCUAAAGAGAAAAUAAAAUGAGUCGAAUUAAGAUCGGAAUUAUUGGUGGAUCUGGCUUCUAUAAGAUGGAGGAGCUUCAAGAACAGAGAGAGGUUGUUGUUUCUACUCCAUUUGGUUCUCCUAGUGCUCCUAUAGUAGAGGGACGAGUUGAUGGAGUUGAUGUAUGUAUGCUGGCUCGACAUGGAUUAGAGCAUACAAUUCUACCUGGAGAUAUCAAUUAUAGAGCUAAUAUCUGGGCUUUAAAGGAGAUUGGUGUUACACAUAUACUCUCCGUUUCAGCCUGUGGAUCUCUCAAGGAAGAGAUAUCUCCUGGAAGUUUUGUUCUCCUUGACUCCUUUCUUGACCGAACCCAGGGUAGGGUUCAGAGCUUCUAUGGCGGAGACGGGUUUAAAGGAGUUGCACAUACUCCUAUGGAACCUGCAUUCUGCUCCAGAACUCGGAGUGUGUUAGAGAAAGUCUGUUUAAAUCUCAAUUACAAGGUGUUUAACUCUGGGACUGUGGUUACUAUUCAGGGACCGAGGUUCUCCAGCAAGGCUGAGAGUAAAAUGUACCGGAGUCUGGAUGCAAGUGUUAUCAAUAUGACAACAGUGCCUGAGGUUUGUCUGGCUAAGGAGGCUGGUAUAUCCUACACCUGUUGAUACUCCAUCUGUUCUCCGUGUACUGAGAGAGAACGUGAGCAGGGUUAAGGUUCUACUACUGGCUCUGAUACCGGAGCUAAACAAGGAGGAUUGGAACCAGACUAUACAGGAGCAUAGAACUGUUGCUGCUAACAGCGUUCUAGGAGGAGAAUGUUUGAAGUUUGAUGUUCAAGAAUAGUAUCCCUAGUCUCCGGUAUGGGCGGAGUAAACCUCUGUAUAUCCUCUUAGAUACAAGAUAUUUUACAGAGAAUAUCUUGAAUUGUUCCGAAGUCUAUAAACAAGAUAUAUAAAUACUGUUCCAAUCCUACUACCCUGCUAUUAAACACAUAAAAAGAAUAAAUGUUUACAGAGAAAUAUAUGAAACAUACAAGUUUUUAGAACGUAAA